CGAAAGAGAGAGAGAGAGAUAGAUAGUGAGUGAGAAAGAGAGAGAGAGAGAGAGAGAGAGAGAGGAGAGAGAGAGAGAGAGAGAGAGAGAGAGCGCACGCUAAACGACACGGCUGUAUCUGUACCUGUCCGGAUGGGGAUGGAGAUGCUGCAUGGAUCCGCAGGUGUCCAAACGGCGAAGGCGCUGAAAAACGCCGCCGUGUGCCUGAUGCUGCUGCCCCGCUUCCUGCUCGCGGCCGUGAUGCUGUGGCUCCUGGAUUUCCUGUGCAUCCGGAGGAAGGUGCUCAUGAAGAUGCGGGAGAGCGACGUCGGCAGCCCCGACGACCCGCCGCUCUGCGUGUCCGACUCCAACAAGAUGUUCACGCUCGAGUCGCUGCGCGCCGUGUGGUACGGCCAGAAGCUGGACUUCUUCAAGACGGCGCAUUUGGGAGGCGCGGCGCCCAACACCGAGGUGGUCCCGCUGGACAGCGAGCGGCGGAGAGGGGCGCAGCGGAUCCUGGACUACGCCCGCGGGAGGAGACCCCUCAUCCUCAACUUCGGGAGCUGCUCCUGACCGCCGUUCAUGACGCGCCUGUCGGCGUUCCAGCGCGUCGCCCGGCAGUACGCGGACAUCGCGGACUCGCUGCUGGUGUACAUCGAGGAAGCGCAUCCGUCGGACGGCUGGGUGAGCUCCGACGCGCCCUACCAGAUCCCCCGGCACCGCUGCCUGGAGGACAGGCUCCGCGCCGCGGAGCUCAUGAACCAGAAGGUGCCGGGGAGCGCCGUGGUCGUGGACACCAUGGAGAACUCGUCCAACUCGGCGUACGGCGCCUAUUUCGAGCGCCUCUACAUACUGAAGGACGAGAAGGUCGUGUAUCAAGGCGGCAGGGGUCCGGAGGGCUACCGGAUCUCGGAGCUCAGAGACUGGCUGGAGCGCUACCGGAACGAUCUGGAAGCUUCUAAAGCGGCGGUGGUGGUUCACGUUUAAGGCGGACGGACGGACGGAUGUUUUUCCCCCCCUCAGCCCUACUCUCGUGUCCUUAUCAUAAAGUCAUUGGCUGUGUUUCAAAACAUAGUGACUGUCUGCGCUCUCACCAACGGGGAAAAAAAAGUUCUUGAUGUUCCAUUAUAGCUUCUGCAGAUCAAUGUUUUGGGUUCUUCAAACCUCAUUGGUGGCGUUUCAAAACCUACACUCUCUUAAAUAUAUGCUAUAUGGCUCUUUGGGAAUGAAGGAGCAUCCACACAAUGAAACAGUGAUGAUUUUCCAUGGAGCUUGAGCCAGGCUUCCCAACCAGGGGUCCAUGCACUGUAAAAGCGUUUUCUCAGGUAACCUAAAGAUGAGAAUGACGUUAGGUUACAGCAUCGAAAGUCAUUUUAGCAGUAGAAACAGAUUCUUAACAGUUGCACAUUUCACUUUGUUUACAGUGUGGACCCCUGGGGGCCCGUGAAGUGUGUUUUUACAUUUCCAUGUCAUGAUAUAAGAUGGAUGGAUGCUUUUCCAGACCACUCUUGUGUCUUUAUAAUGAAGUCGUUAGCUGUGUUCAAAACCUGUCUGCGAUUCUCAUCACACGCUCUAAAAAAAAAAAAAUGCAAAGAUUGGGUUGUUUUGACCCAACGUGCUGGGUAGUUUUAUUUAACUCAACUAUUGUUUAGAAAUCACUGUAUUUCUUAAUUAAACUGAACCUAAAAUAGGUUGGAAAUUAAAAAUCAGACACGUAAUUAUUAGAUGCAACAAUAAUAAUCAAAAGGUGAACAUUUAUUAAUAAGCAAUUUAAUAAAUGUUAAGACUUCAGAUGCAAAAGCCUCUAAAAUGAGCAUUUUUAUCAAACUCGUAUGUUCAGGUUCACUUUAAUGGCAAUUAAAAGGUUAUUUUCAUGUGAAUAAACAUACAAAUGCUCAUUUAGAGGCUUUUGCAUCUGAAGUCUUUUGUUUAUAUGUUUAAUAAAUGGACAAUAAACAUUUAUUAAAUUGCUUAUUAAUAAAUGUUCAUCUUUUGAUAGUAAUUAUGUGUCAACAUAUAUUGGGUUCAUUUUAAGCCAGACAUAAAGUGAUUUUGAAUCAAUAGCUGAGUUAAAUAAAUGUUGAGUCAAACCGCUGGGUCAAAACAACCCAAUUUUGUUCAUUUCCAACCCAGGGUUCUUGAGAUACCAAACAGCUCUUUGGUGUUUCAUCAUAUGUCCUGAUCUAACACUAGAUCCAGGGUUUUCAACCAGACGAGAAGAACAUUUUUAUGAAUGUUUGAAUUGAUCUGUUUAGAAUUAUAUCAUGCAUUAUUGUUUAAGUUCUAAAGUGUUGUCAAGCUUUUUAUACCGGGUCUGUAAACGGCUGAAAACCCUUGAACUAGAGGAUAAAACGUCGAGAAGGUUCAUGCGCUUCAAACACGCAGACACCAGGUUUUGAACACAGCCGUCAAAUCUGCUGCUAUACAGGCUGUCGACCACAAUACUGCAAAUGUUGGCUUUUAGUUUCAUGCAUACAGUUAUCUAGACAGAUGUUUAUGUUGUCAGUGGCCAUGCGACCGCAUGAUAGCUGUUGUGCUUUCGUCUCUGUUCUUUAGGCCUACUUGUUUUAUGUCAAUCCAACCUGGCAUUUUAUUUGAAAUAUUGCAAAGACGGUAUAUCUAUCUAUCUAUAACAUAUCCUAUUUUAUUUUUGUAUGGUAUCUUUCCCUCGUGAGUGAGUGAGUGUGUGUGUGUGUGUGUGAAUGUGCGGCCAGGAGGCCGUUUCAUUGUACUCUGGAGUUAUUGUGAAGAUCGGUUUUUAAAAGGAUUUUAACCAGAAAACCGAUACUGAUGUAAUUUGACACUAGAGUACAGGACAGAGAAAUGGCCUCCAGACGUAUUGCCAAAUGUUGUUUUGUAAAUGGUGUAUAUUUUAUUGAACACUUUUUUUUAAAUAAAUGGUAGAGCACCCUCUAAAA